CGUGAAUGUUUCUCCCCAAGAGCAUUUUCUGAACAAUGUUCAGACAAUGCUCAGUAAUAUUCUGCGAAACGUGGAUAGCGGAAUGGGCGAGGACGACAAAGUCGCAGCCAGGGCGACUAUUGAGCAAAUCCGGACGAAUUGUCACCGCAUGCUUGGCACAAUGCAGACUGGACUACUAGAAAAUAUAAUAUCAAACCUCACAGACGUUGUACACCAGAUAAAUAAGUCUGUUAAUGCGCCACAUGAUGUCCAAGAUACAAACAAUGGCGGGUUUCGGAUAAGACUUGGUGCGCGGGGACCACCGAAUUACCAAAUAGAUCAAGACCAAUUGCAGCUUCUACUGGAUAGGGGCUUCACAGUGAAGAGAAUCGCCGAGGAUGGUCUUCUCGGAAGCAAAAUGCACAAGAGCACUCUAUUCAGAUUCAUGAGGCUAAAUAGAAUUCUGCAGCCUAGGAUAGCAUUAAAUGUAUCUGAUGAUGUAGUGAGAGAUGUAAUGUCCAGAUAUAUAAUGGAUCACCCAAAUUCUGGUAAGUUUAGUAGGUACCUUGCACUUGAAGAUUAUACAAGAAAUUGCAAGUUACAGCGGAUAAUUUCAAAUCAAUAACUGAUUAAUCAA